AUGCUUUUCAGAGUCGGUCGCUGUCUGCUAUGCGGGCUUCGUAGCGUUCCCAAGCGCUGUAAUGCCAUCACGGUCCUGGGAUCCGGAGUUCACGGUAAGCGGACAGUGACUGAUAGCCGGCGCCCUCCAGGCUUAGAGGAGCUGAUCAGGAGUGAUGUCUGGAAUGGAUAUCUGCAGCGUCUACAGCAAUGGGAAGCGAAGGCAGCGCAGACUGCAGAAGCUGGCCAGCAGGGGGCGCCACCCUGGGAAUGUGGAGAGAAGCCGCGAUGGAGGUCUCAGCAUAUCCUGCCUGUCAUACAGGAGUUGAGAACUAAGGAGAAUGAGCUCAAUGAGCUCCAACAGCUCUUGGCAGAUGAAAAUGAAGAUUUAAAGGCUCUUGCACACACAGAAGUAGCAUCUUGUGUAGAAGAAAUCAUUCAUCUAAAAUACCAGAUAGCCUGGCUUUUAAUUCCAAGAGAGGAAGUAGACGAUUGCAACCUUAUUCUAGAAGUGACCGCCGGUGUAGGAGGACAGGAGGCAAUGCUUUUUACUGCUGAGAUAUUUGAAAUGUAUCAGCGUUAUGCUGCUAAUAAAAAGUGGAGCUUUGAUGUACUGGAAUACUUCGACAGUGAUCUGGGUGGAGUACGACAUGCUUCAGCAAGCGUAGGAGGUUUGGAUGCCUAUAAACAUUUAAAAUAUGAAGGAGGAGUGCACAGAGUGCAGCGAGUGCCAAAGACUGAGAAACAAGGAAGAAUGCACACAAGUACUAUGACUGUAGCUGUAUUGCCUCAACCAAGUGAGAUAAAUUUAACAAUUCAUCCCAAAGAUUUGCGCAUAGAAACGAAAAAGGCCAGUGGAGCUGGGGGACAACAUGUGAAUACCACAGACAGUGCAGUACGAAUUGUUCACAUUCCAACAGGUAUAGCUGUUGAAUGUCAGCAAGAACGAUCUCAGAUCAAAAAUAAAGACAUUGCCAUGAAAGUUCUUCGUGCAAAGUUAUACAAUAUGAAAUUAGAAGAAGAAACCCUUAAAAGACAGAGUGCAAGAAAAAUACAGGUUGGCACGAAAGGACGAUCAGAAAAAAUUCGCACUUACAACUUCCAACAAGACCGCAUUACAGACCACCGUAUUAACAAGUCUAUGAACAAUUUAGAAGGAUUUUUGCUUGGUGAUGAACUUUUAGAUGAGAUGAUUCAAGCUCUUAGUGAUUUUGCGGACUAUGAAUCUCUUGUGGAAAUUAUUUCAAAUUAAAAUGUUAUUGCUUGUAUUAUAUUUUUUGUUCUACAAUAAUAAA